UCUCUCUCUCUUCCCACGGGUUCUACUGCGAGGGGUUGAGGCCUUUGCUAAUCCCUCUGACGCGUGGUAACUGUAGAGGGAAACGGAAGCAAGCGAUAUUGAUGGAAGGGAUAGCCUCGAUCGCUCUGCUGCCCUGCGGUUCCAUCUCCGGCCAUUUCAUCCGCUUGCCCGAUUCCGUCUGCUACGGCCUCCAUGGAAUCGAAUUGUCAUGCGAGAGAGAGUGCAGCAGAGGUGAAGAUUAUCGCUUGAUUAAGCUCUCAAUAAUUGACUAUGCUAGCAGGAAAGAAAAAGUGAUUGUAGUGGAGUGCAGGGGACAUGAUUGUGCUCGCUUCCAAAAUGUUGAUCAUGCCCAUGGGUGGGAAAAUGAUGUUGUUGAUAUGAUAGAGCAGAAGCAUGGUAAACAAAAGAUAUCAGUGUCUUUCGAGUGUGAAACACUUAAGUCAGACAAUGCUGCUGAAGAGCACCUCAAGAGCUACAUGCCCAAUUUAGUUGGACUUGGUGCUGUUGGUAGUUAACGUUGGUCGGAUGAGCAUUUCUGGCCUUGAUUUCAAAGGGGAUAAAGAAUCCAGUGAGUGUGAUGAUGAAUGAUAGGCAUGUUAUACAGAUGCAUGCAACCUGGUGGAUGUAACAAGAGCAUGUUGAACUUUGAGGAGCUGGUACUGUUGGUGUUGCUGAUAUUUCUCUUGUCGAAACAUCAAAUCUAGCAUUUUAUUUUGUUGUUCAACCCUCAAAUUUUGCUUCGUUUUCUUGCCAUUAUGUGUUGCAGCAGAUGUUCACAGAUUGGAUCUAAUUGCAGAUUUCUUAGUUUUA